UAGUGUGAAAAAGAGAAUUUCUAACACCUUCUCUAUACCCUAUUGACUAUUUGAAAAUGCAUGCACAUACACGGCUUCUCUACUCUCCCUUUGUGUUCUCACUUCUUUUUAAUUAGCCUUUAUCUAUCUGUAUUCAUAUGACUCUCUCUAUAUAUAAAACCAUGCCCAUAGCUAUAUAUCUUCUAAGACAACAAGCAUUGAUCAGAGAUCUCUAAAGAUAUAUAUAUAUAUACAUAUAUUUAUAUAUAGAGAGAUGGGUAGUGGUAGGUGUUGUGAUUAUGUGAUGAAGAUGAUGUACUUGUUGUUAUGUUUGAUAUUGUUGCAUGGGCAUGCAAAGGCAUCAAGUCCUGCAAUGUAUGUGUUUGGAGAUUCUCUUGCAGAUGUGGGAAACAAUAAUCACAUCACCUUUUCUCUUCUCAAAGCUAAUUUCCCACACAAUGGGAUUGAUUAUCCAGGUCACAAGGCCACUGGCAGGUUCAGCAAUGGCAACAAUUCUGUUGAUUUUCUUGCUGAUUAUCUUGGACUGCCAUCUCCACCUCCAUACCUCAGCAUUAAAUCCAAUGCCAACAAGACACAAGCAUUCUUAAAUGGUCUCAACUUUGCCUCUGGAGGUGCUGGUGUUUUUGACUCCACAAACCAAGAUCACUGUCUCUCAUUCAACCAACAGAUAAACUACUACUCAUCAGUGUUCACAACUUUAGCACAACAACUUGGAAGCACAGAAGCUGAAAACCAUCUUUCCAAAUCCAUCUUCACUUUUGUUAUUGGAAGUAAUGAUAUCUUUGCUUAUGAUCCUGACAAAACAAAGCUCACAACUCAACAGUAUGCUCAAUCCAUGGUCUCCACUUUGCAAGGCCAACUUAAGACAUUGUAUAAUCUCGGUGCGAGGAAGUUUCUGUUUGUCGGUACGGGACCGAUCGGCUGCUGUCCAUCACAAAGAGCAAAGAGCAAAACAAAUGACUGCAAUGCAGUAACAGAUAACCUCUCAACUCAGUACAACAAAGGAGCAUCAUCUCUUUUGAAUCAAUUGAAAUCAAGCUUGACUGGUUUCAGUUACUCAUUCUUUGAUACAUUCUCUUCACUCAUGCAAUGCAUUCAGAAUCCUGCAUCUUAUGGUUUUACUGAAAUAAAGGCAGCAUGUUGUGGACUGGGGAAUAUGAAUGCAAAGCUGGCUUGUAUUCCAUUGUCUAGUUAUUGUUCAGAUAGGAAAAAGUAUAUGUUUUGGGAUCCUUAUCAUCCUACAGAGAUUGCUGCUGCAUUGCUUGCAUCUACUGCUGUUAAUGGUGCACCUCCUUUGGUUUUUCCUAUCAAUGGAAUGCAGCUAAGUGCUAUUUAAGUUUGUUAUUAUUAUUAUUUUUUUUAAAAAAAAGAUGAAGCAUGUUAUAUGUUAAUUUGAUCACAACUGAUUCACAAGGGAAAAAGCAGUGAGAUUUGUAUUUUGUUGCGUAUAAAAGUGUGACAUGUAACAGUUAAUGCUGGUUGAUGAGAAUUGUACCAAAAAUAUUUAUUUGAAUUAAUGCUAAUAAAAUACAUGUUUAUUAAA